AUGGCACAAACUCCGCCAAACGACAAUCAACCCCGCCAAAAGGCCAGCGCAAAGCGUGUCAAACGCGAGCUAAAAUCCCAGCACACCAGCCCUCCGCAAGUAUCCCAACCAGCUCGUCAUCUAGAUCCAUUGCCCUUGAAAGGAGGAAUGGCAAAAACGAAGAAGUCGGCUGCCCGUCGAAGGCAAAGAAAGCUUUUCAGCCAGCAAUACUGGGAUCAGCAUCCAAAGAUCCAUUUGACUUACAGCGCACUUAUGGAGUUCCGCCACCGUGAAGGAAAGAUCAGAUGGGGAAACGGUCGUGACGAGACACCACCUCUGAAAAUUGACUGCAAGUCUGUCGAGGACUUUGCGAGAAGAGGCGGGCCUGAUCUGACGCACCUGUGUGAUUAUCAACAUCGUAACAAUCGAAACCGCGAAUUCGAUGUCCCCAAACUCAGCAUGCCCGCUAUCUACGACAUGAAUUUAGAAGGCUAUCUGAAUCAUAACGGGGUCGAGAAACGGUUUGGUAGGGAGCGCGAGCCGUUCAAUAUCGGUGAUCUUCGACGGAUAAUGAUGCAGAAUCGAUCUGAUCUGGAUAGCUUUGGUCCCGGGGCAGCGCGUGGCAUUGGUAAUAUGUGCAGGCAAUAUAAGACUAAUAGCAACGUGCUGCCAGGCAUCUACCUGAACCUCUUCGGCGCCCGAUAUGAUAGCACCAUGUGGCAUACAGAUGGGCCGUUAGAGGGAACGAUAACAGCACUCAAAAAGCAUUUCUACAAUCUGGAUCCCAUAGUGCCGCACAUGAUCUCGGCCAGGCCUGAUCUCGUCGAUGGAGCCGAUCCGAAGGCCCUCGUGGGCCAAGUGAAGGAGGAGAGCUCGGCGAGUCCGCCUGUGCGAACGGGCAAAAGAGGAAUUGGGCAGGGAAAGGACAAGGCGACAAACCAACCACCAAUCCACACAGAACUUGAAGGAUACAUCACCCCCUAUCACCUCUUGGAGGGUGUGAAAGAAGACAAAGAAGAUCCCGACAAGAUGAUCUUGCCGAAUUUCUUUCUUUACAACAUAUGCAAGCAUGAUGAUCGGCUUGCUGGAGAACGUGCUGCCUUGCAUAGCGGCGCUCUUGGAGCACGGGCACUAUUUGAGCUCGAGCAUUACGGAAAAGACUAUAUUGAAUUCAGCGGAAAGGCGCACACGUUUGUUGCCGUGCUUGCGACUACCCAUAUGACUAUCUACGCUAUUCAUGCUAUUCCUCCUCAAUCAGAGGGGAGAAAGAUGGACUUUCAGAUUACGGCGAUCAAGGCUUUCAAGUUAUCUGAUAGGAAUCUCGGGCAAGAUGAGCUCGUCGCAAUUGUCAAGAAAGGGGUUACUGCAUUGAGGAAUCUCAGGGAAGAGGCACAUCGCUAUCGGCAAAGGCUCAUUCGGAAAGCAAACGGCGAGGAUGGCGACGACGAUGACAGCAAUAAUGGAAACAGUUCCCAGAGCUAUAGUGGAUCAGGCAGCAGCACUGGAACUGGCAGUAAUUCUGGUAGUGGUGGUAGUGGUGGUAGUGGUGGUGGUGGAGGCAAUGGUGGUGACGGUGGUGACGGUGGUGACGGUGGUGAUGGACAAAAGCAAUAUGACGGUAGCAUGGAAAAUGGCAGUGACAAAGCCGACAGAAAACAAACUCUGAGUGGAUCAGCGACGGAAAGAAAGGCGGGAGCAAAUGCUGGAGUAAGCCUAUUAGAAUCUAUGUACAAACUCGUGGGACGACGAGCACAACCGUGA